AUGGUUGCCUUCAAGAUCCUCACUCUUGCCUUUGCGGCUACCGCUACGGCCUCCACCUUCUACGCGCCCCCGCCUGCGGUCUCUUCGGCUGUCAGCGUGCCGGGUGUCACUAUCGUCACCUCGACCGUCACCGUUGUCGGCAAGGCUCCCUCGGGUCCCGACCCCACCAGCUCUAUUGUAGUCGUCAGCUCUGUCGUUGCCACCCCAGGCACUCCGGUCACCGCCGUCCCGUCCAGCAGCAGCGAAUACAUCGGUGUCGCUGUCGGCAUCGUUGCGCUCGCCCUGGGCGUCCUCGGCGCUUAG